GCGCGCGCUUUCCAACCAGUGCAGACGGACGCCAUGUAAACAAACGUUCAAAUCAUGUUCCGAUUGUCAAGUAUUACAAGUUGAAGUCAGUCCAGAUUCAAAUUAGCAGUAUGCCUAAAUGCCUUAUACAUGCUGUGAGAGACUACAGAACUGGUCGGUGGUUUGGUGGCCCAGAACGUGAUCCAAACGUCAUGACUACCCGUUCCGGCUUGGCAAUAAAGAAGGUCCCGUUCAGAAACAAGAAUAAAACUCUAGGCACUCAGUCCCCACAAAAAGAGAGUAAGGAAAGAAACCCACAGAAAAAGAAAAAAUACCCGAUAGUUAAGUACAAAUCUAUGAGCUACAUGUCCUUCGUUACAAGGUUCCAGAUCAGCUUGCGCGUGCCACAUCUGGAACUGGCCGGUGUAAAUCCGAGGGAGACAUUGGAGUGUUUUGGCGAAUACCCGUGUGAGAACAGAUCCGACCUACCAAGUGACUACGGGUCCGAAUCAAGCGAUGAAUGGGAAACCGACGAUGAAUACGAAAAUGACGACGUUUUCUUAGGGACUUGUCAGGAGGAACUCGAUUUUGGGUUACUUGAUGAUAACAUAUCGGAUGAUUCACAGUUAGAUCCCAUAAAUGACUUUGAUUCCGAGACAAAGAUCGAUAUUUUGCAUCGAAAACAGCACGGAAAAUACGACAAGAACGACAACUCAUAUCUAAGCGACUCCGGUUCAAACGGAAGUGUGAAGGAUUUUGCCGAUUUAUGUUUGGCCGAUGAUUGUGAUUUAUCACAGCCCGAAAGUAAUGACGGUGUUACUGAGUAUGCUCGACAGUUUUUGGAUUCUGGUAGACAUCGGAGAGUCACGCUAGAAGAGCCAUAUGAGGAGUCUUCAGGAUUGCAUUGUGACGAUUGCAACAAAACGUUCGGGUCACUGUCGGCGUUUAGUGCUCACUUGCGGUCUCACCACAUGAAACAAAAGAAUAAAUGCGAUAUAUGCGGUAAAAUAUUCACCCGGUCUUGGCUCCUCAAGGGCCAUACCAGAACCCAUACAGGCGAGCGUCCUUUCACAUGUCCCAGUGUAGGAUGCGACAAGGCAUUCGCCGACAAAAGUAAUCUACGUUCCCAUAUGCUUAUUCAUUCCGUCAAGUGCAAGAACUUCUCAUGUGAGCGUUGUGGAAGGGCUUUCGCUCAAAAGCGGUACCUCCACAAACAUAUGUUAGAGGUGUGCAGACUCCUAUGAACAGAUUCUCUUUUUAUGAUACCAUGCAGAGCACUGAUUUCUAAUGGAGGAAGCUUUAAACAUUGAUAUGCAAUUAUUCAUAUAUUGAUAUAAUGACUAUAUAUUGUACCCUGUUGUAAAAUUUACUUUGGUAUGUGCGAUAUUUAUAAAUGAUUGUUAAAGUUCAGACUACCAGUUGUGUAUAACAAAUAGUGAUAUACAAGAUACCAAUGACUUUUGUUAAGAGAUGCAUGUUUUAAUUUAUCAAUCUACACUUUUUAAAUUAAGAAUUACACUGUAGACUGCGAGUUGUGCAAUGCACUCCGAAUUCAACUGUUAUAUCGAUACGUGUAUUAAACUUAAUGUAAAUGUCUGUGUUGCUCUUAAAUCGUAUGUGAUCGUUACAAAAAAAAAAA